AUGUAUGAAUUGUUUCUUUCUUUCUUUUAUUUCUUUAAUCACUUCAUAUAUAUUUAUCAUUUCUUUCUUUUUUCUUUCUUUCAUCAUUUCAUAUGUAUUUAUUAUUGCAUUGUUUCUUUUCUUUCUUUCAUCAGUUCAUAUAUAUUUAUUAUUUCUUUCUUUCUUUUAUUUCUUUCAUCAAUUCAUAUGUAUUUAUUAUUUCUUUGUUUCUUUUCUUACUUUCAUCAAUUCAUAUAUAUAUAUUAUUUCUUUCUUUUUUUCUUUCAUCAAUUCAUAUGUAUUUAUUAUUUCUUUCUUUCUUUUCUUUCUUUCACAAAUUCAUAUGUAUUUAUUAUUUCUUUCUUUCUUUCCUUUGAUUCAUCAAAUGAUAUGUAUUUAUUAAUUCUUUCUUUCUUUUCUUUCUUUCAUCAAUUCAUAUGUAUUCAUUAUUUCUUUCUUUUUUCUUUCUUUUAUCAAUUCGUAUGUAUUUAUCAUUUCUUUCAUUUUUUCUUUCAUUCAUCAACUCAUAUAUAUUUAUUUUUCCUUCUUUCUUUUUUCUUUCAUGAAUUCGCAUGUAUUUAUCAUUACAUUGCUUCUUUUCUUUCAUCAAUUCAUAUGUAUUUAUUAUUUAUUUUUUCUUUCUUUCAACAAUUCAUAUGUACUUACUGUUUCUUUAUUUCUUUUCUUUCUUUCAUUAAUUCAUAUGUAUUUAUUCUUUCUUUCUUUUUUUCUUUCUUUUAUCAAUUCAUAUGUAUUUAUCAUUUCUUUCUUUCUUUUCUUUCUUUCACCAAUUCGUAUGUAUUUAUUCUUUCUUUCUUUUUUCGUUCUUUCAGCAAUUCAUAUGUAUUUAUUCUUUCUUUCUUCAUUUUUUCUUUCUUUCAUAUGUAUUUAUUCUUUCUUUCUUUUUUCUUUCUUUCAGCAAUUCAUAUGUAUUUAUUAUUUCAUUGUUUCUUUCUUUCAUUCAUCAAUUCAUAUUUUUUAUUAUUUUUUCUAUUUUUUUCUUUCAUCAAUUCAUAUGUAUUUAUUACUUCUUUCUUUUUUCUUUCUUUCAUCAAUUCAUAUGUAUUUAUUUUUUCAUUUUUUUUUCAUUCUUUCUUCAAUUCAUAUGUAAUUAUUAUUUCUUACUUUUUUCUUUCAUCAAUUGGUAUAUUUGUUAUUUAUUUCUUUUUUCUUUCUUUUAUCAAUUCAUAUGUAUUUAUCAUUUCUUUCUUUCUGUUCUUUCUUUCAUCAAUUACUAUGUAUUUAUUCUUUCUUUCAUUUUUUCUUUCAUUCAUCAAUUCAUAUGUAUUAAGUUUUUCUUUCUUUCUUUUUUUCUUUCAUCAAUUCGUAUGUAUAUAUUAUUACAUUAAUUCUUUUCAUUCAUCAAUUCAUAUGUAUUUAUUAUUUAUUUAUUUUUUCUUUCUUUCAUCAAUUCAUAUGUAUUUAUUAUUUCUUUCUUUCUUUACUUUUUUAUCAAUUCAUAUGUAUUCAUUAUUUCUUUCUUUUUUCUUUCUUUCAUAA